CAGGCAGAGGACAGAGGGAGGUACCAGCAGGCGGGCGGAACGGAGGCAGAGUCCCAGUGUCCGUGUCAUUCAGAUCCGGGGAGCAGGGCCGGGCGGCGGGAUGGCUGGUGCUCCUUCAAGCUAUUGUUUCGUAGCUUUUCCACCUGCAACAAAAAACAGCCAGAUAUUGUUUGGGAAGAAUUCAGCCCGGCCAAGGGAUGAGGUUCAAGAAGUACUCUAUGUUCCGUCUUGUAAUCCUGAACCAGGUAGUAAAGUACAGUGCACAUACCUUGAAAUUGAGCAAGCCCGGAGAACCCACGCUGUCAUACUAAGCAAACCUGCCUGGAUGUGGGGGGCGGAGAUGGGAGCCAAUGAACACGGCGUUUGCAUUGGAAAUGUGGCUGUUACCGCUAGACAGGCUGCUUCUGAUAGCAAAUUGCUGCUAGGCAUGGAUCUAGUCAGGCUUGGUCUAGAACGCGGAACAACUGCAAAAGAUUCUUUAGACGUAAUAGUAUCAUUAUUAGAAGAACACGGACAAGGUGGAAAUCAUUUUGAAGAUGAAAGCACGGGCCUGGGGUUCCACAGCUCAUUUCUCAUUGUGGACAGAGUGGAAGCCUGGGUUCUGGAGACAGUCGGGAAGUUCUGGGCAGCUGAAAAAAUUACAGACGGAGUGAAAUGCCUUUGCAAUCAUUUAUCCCUGAAAACAAAGAUCGAUAUGGAACACCCAGAACUACGGAGCUGCGCACAGAGUCAGGGCUGGUGGAAUGAAGAUAAAGAAUUUAAUUUUUCUGAAGUUUUUUCAGAAGGUGGACAUGGUCAUGAUUGUCCAGAAAAGGCCUCUGAAAUUCCUGGAGAAAUGCUGACUGCAGAAACAAUGAUAAAUAUUCUUCGAGAGAAAUACAGCGGUGUUCAGUCUGAGGCCUACAUCACUACAGCAAGUGCGGUGUCAGUCUUACCUCAGAAUGAGAACUCUCCUUGUAUACACUUUUUCACUGGAACCCCAGAUCCCUCAAGGUCUGUUUUUAAACCUUUUAUCUUUGUGGAAGACGUGACAGCGGUACCCAAAACUCACUCAUCGACCCUGAGAGAUGAAGCAAGCGAUGACGGACAGACAAAGUGGAAACACGAACUGUACAAAAGCCAUGAGCAGGCCUUGUCUUUAAUAGAAAAAGAUCCAGAACAAGGAGAAAAGCUGAUGAACACUAUGCAUGAUCUGGAGAAACAAGGCUUGGAAGCCAUGGAAGAUAUACUUAAUAGUGCGGGGCCUUUAGACCCGGCAGAAGUAGUGGAUCUUUUUUAUGACUGUGUUGACACAGAAAUCAAGUUCUAUAAGUGAAAAAACAUGGACAAAACCCACCUUUAUGCUAGAAGAAAGAGAUAAUUUAUUGGCCAGCUCCAAUGGGUGAUUUUCUUCUAUAUCUUUCAUUCCACCAUGUUGUUCUGUGUUUCUAGAGUGAAGAGAAUGGGCUUCCGAUGAUAGGUUUGUGCAUGUAGAUUAAUGAAUGUUAGCGUGUUCUGUGUAUGCCUUUUAUUGUUUGGAAAGAUAAUACCAUAUUAAAUAAUAAUACCCUGA